GCCCCCCCAACACCACCGGCAGCAAUUUCAUAAAAUGUGCCUUUAAGACUUAAACCACUGGAAGGGAAGCGGGAUUCAAACAUGUAGCUCCGCCUCUGUUAUUCGACAUAGCGGAAACAGAGACUAAACAUAAGAUAAAACAAAAUGGGUGCGUCGUUGGAAAUUCCAUCGAGGUGUCUUAUAUGCAGCGAGCUGACCCGAGACAUCGUUACUCUGAAGUGCAACCACCGCUUCUGUCAACAAUGUAUCGGAGACUUGUGGAGCAUUACCCCGGAAGGGCCGUACAAGUGUCCGAAGUGGCAGUGUAAUGCUGUGUACCAGUCGCUGCCCUUUGACAGAGGCCUGAUACGGCCGCCCACUCCUAUCCGACGGCCUCCACCUAGCAGCCCUGCAGGCCCAUCCGAUAACAGUGAAGAAAACCCACUACUGAGGAGGCCCUCGCUUUCCGGCCACCUCUUGGGGAAAAGAAAGUCAAGCACACCUGUACCAGAGCAACCUGACGCAAAGCGAUCACCUGUGGGAUCUCCCCAUGUGUGGUUCAGCGACACUUCCACUCCCAGCACUUCCUCCUCAGAUAAACCUGGGCCGUCAACUGGUGUGGAGACAUCCAAGAAAGCAGUGGACCCGAAACCUACACAGUCUAAGGGUUUUGAUAAGACACCCCCCAGUGACAACUCUGACAGCAAGGCAGUGGCUGCAGGUGAUGUGCCACAAAACAUCUCAGACCAGCAGAACCAACAUAAAUCAGGAGGGGUCAUAUCAGUGGACGACUCUGACAGCUCCAGUGAGGUAGAUAUAUGUGAUUCACCUCCUUUGGCAACCCCCAAGAAAGAUGCACAAGUGACAGGAAUUUAUGCAUCGCCAAAGAAACCUUCCUCACCUGCCAACUCUGAUUCUUUUCCUGGAGUCUCAAAUGCAGGGAAAAAUCCAUCUUCUGUACAAGACAUCAACAAGCCACCUCUGAUGUUCACCAAAUACCCUGCUGCAGCUUCAGGAUCCCCAACUAAUGUUGGCAUGUUUUCCAGGCAAGACAACAAAAAUACCCGCCCUCUACCCUGCCAUUAUUGUCCUAAAACUCAAUAUCAGCCUGCUGUGAAAACCUGUCUGGUGUGUGGAGCUUCCAUGUGUGCAGAGCACCUGCGUCCCCACCUGGAUGCCCCUGUGUUUCAGAAUCAUACACUGGUUCCCCCUAUGGAGGACAUUUCUCUCUGGAGGUGCCAGGAGCACCAGGAGAUAAACCGAAUCUACUGUCGGCAGUGUGGAGUGUGUGUGUGUACAGUGUGCACCGUCAUAGGCUCUCACCGUGACCAUGUCUGCAUCAGCAUCAGGGAGGCAGAGAGCGAGCUCAGAGGGAACCUGAGAGAGAAGAUCAAACAGCUGCAGGAUGCAGAACAGCAAGUACAGAACAGAAUGACUGAACUCACACAGAAGAAAGAAACAUUCAGCGUGAUUUUAAGUGAGGCACGUGAAGGUGUGCAGCAGCAGUACGGCGCCAUCAGAGAGGCCUUAGAGCUGGAGGAGCAAUCAGCUCUUCGAUGUGUGACAAAGGAGGAGAGCAAGGUUCUGGGAGGACUAGAGGAGAAACUCAGCCACCUCCAGAGCUCCAUGCAAUCCAUCCAGCAAGGCCUCCAGACCCUGGAGGGUCUGGCUGAUGCCAAGGCAGAAAAACGCAUUCAGGACCAGGCCUUCAUUACGGAAUACAACAAGAUAGCUGAACUAUCUAGUAACGUGGGGAACUGCAUGGAACAGUUGGAGCCUCUAGAGGAAGUGGAUCAGGCCCGGCUCAAAUGUCUGCAAAGGUGGACUGAGAAACGGCUCAACGCAGUCGUCAUCACUGUGCCUGGUGAAGAUAGAGACCUCUACAGACUGCUCUACGGCACCGUCCCCUUCUUGGAUGCAGAUACAGCUCAUCCCAAGCUGCAGCUGUCUGAUAACAACAGGAGGGUGACGUACAGUGAGGCCCAGCAAGUCUACACAGAGCACGCGGCUCGCUUCAGCUCCUUCCCACAGGUCUUGGCCUCCUGUGCCUUGGAGGGGGGGCGCUGGUACUGGGAGGUGAAUGUGUCCAUGGAUGACGGCCGUUGGAAGGUGGGGCUGAGUGAGGGUCAGAUAGAGAGGAAGGGUCAGAAAGACAACUCCCGUCUGGGUUUCAACAGUUACUCCUGGUGUCUGGCCUGUGAUCGAAGGAAGGUCGAAGCUCUGCAUAACAAAGCGUCUGUUCCUGUGAAUGCAGACGGGCUGAAGAGGGUCGGAAUAUUCCUCGACUAUGAUGAGGGUAUUGUGUCCUUCUUUAAUGUGACACCAGGGGGCAGGCUAGCUUUAAUGCAGUCUUACAAGCAUAGGUUUACUGAGCCUCUUUACCCUGCCUUGUCUGUGUCUAAAACACACAUGGCCAUCUGUGAUCUGUUCCAGUCAUAACCGUACAAUACUGGCAUGUCACUUCUUCUGAAAAUGUAAAUAAAGAAAAGCACAGUGCCUUUUAUAUAUGAAAAUUAUUUCUUAUCUUAAAAAUGUCAUUUUGAAUCAGUCUUGGGGAAGGUAGUUCCUCUAUGUAUUACAUAAAAUGCUGUUCGUAUGCAAAAAGUCUUAAUGUGAUUUUAUACCACCUGAUAGUACUGGAAUUAUGUCAUGCUAGCAUAUUUUUGAUGCCAUAAAUUUCUUUUUUAACAACACGUGAGCAAGUUUACACAUGGUAGUCCAGUUAGCACUGCUGAUCAAUACAACAUUGAUUUGGAUGAUAUUUGAAAUUAUGUUCAAAAUAUCCUUAAAGUCUUGUCUUUGACCUCUUUUUGAUUCUGUUGUGAGCCAGUGUCGUCCUACUGAAAUAAAAUGUCAAACCCUG